GAGCCCUGAGAGAUAUUCAGUUGGCCUUUGAGGAUAAAAACGGUAAAAAUUUUGUUGUGUAAAGUAAAUAGGAAAUGGCGGCCGCCAAACCACCAACUACUCGAAAUAGAGAACAGCCUAAAUUUGAUUUAACUAAAAUAUCGGCGAGAGUAGAUCGUGUCAAUGUUAGCGGUUUGUUACGUACGCACAAUGAUUAUGUUAUGAAGGCCGCUCAAGGCCUGUUUAAAGCACGUAACUUCGAGGAGGUUAUGCUUGAAUCAAUGCAUGCUAAAUCCUAUUUACAUGAAUUGGGUAUAUUUAAAGAUGUUAGCGUCCACAUUGAUGUUAGCCGUGGCGAUACCGCCUCACCGGAUGGUUAUGAGGUUACUUUCAAAGGCAAAGAAUUGCCGCGUAUUCUUGGUUCCGUGGGUACAGAAAUUGGACAAAAUGAGGGUUCAUUACGCACCGAGUUAACAGUACCUAAUUUGCUUGGCCGCGGUGAAAGUAUAUCCUUGCAAGGCUCUUACAGUACUAAACGGGCUAAUGAUGUGCAAUUAAAAUUUUGGAAAUCGUAUUUUCAUACAAGAUUCAUGAAGAAUAGACCAGAAUUAUCCUUUUCCAUAUUUCGUCGUUUGGAUCGCGUCGAUAUUAGCCAUUUCCAAAAUACUAAUACGGGUCUGUUGACAGAACUUGCCGUUAAUACCGAUUAUCCUAUACCAUUAAGUCAUUCGGUGCAGUACGAAACCUCUAUACGUGAAUUAUCUUUAUUAGGCAGAACUGUUCCUAUGGCCAUACGUCAACAAUGUGGUCCCAAGUUAGCGUCUUUAGCCCGUUAUUCCUUGAUUUUCGAUCAACGUGAUAAUCCAGUUUUUCCUUCUAAUGGUAUUAUGCUAAAAGCAAUUAAUGAAUAUUGCGGCUUGGGCGGCAACAUUGCGUAUAUAAGCUCAUGUGUUCAUGGCGAAGUUAGUGUACCUUUGUUUAGCGGUAUAGUGGCCCAAGUAUGCGGGCGAGUAGGCGUAGUUAAGGAAACUAAAAAAACUGAUUAUUUACCUUUAAGUAAUCUGUACUUGUGCGGCGGCCCAUUAACAUUAAGAGGAUUUAAAUACGGCGGCGCUGGACCUGUUGUUGAUGGUACUCCAAUAGGAGCUGAGACAUACUGGUCGACUGGUUUUCUAUGGGCACCGUUACCUUAUCGCCAAGUGUUUAAAAGUUUCGCAAAUAAUUUCCGUACUCAUGUGUUCUACAAUGCUGGUAAUUUCAAUACAUUCUCGGUUGAUCAUAUGCGAACGUCGGUUGGCGUUGGUUUGGCAUUUAAAUUAGCGGAACGUGCGCGUAUAGAAUUAAAUUAUUGUAUACCAUUACGCACAUGUCCAAGCGAUAAGUUGAAUAAUGGGUUUCAAUUCGGAAUUGGUUAUGAAUUUGUUUAAGCUUAAAAGAAAAAAAAAACAAAAAAAAAGAAAAGGAAAAUUCUU